UACAUGGCUGGCCAGACCAGCGGAGAAGGCGCUUGGCAUGGACCGGUGAUGUAUUAUCUGGUGGGUGUAAAAGGGCAUGGGCCGGCCGUUCGCCCUCUCCCUUGCUGCUCAUCCACCAGUACCCACUCGCCAGAAAGCAAGCAUUGUGCUAUCCCCCGCCCGCCUCCCAGGCUGCUGUCACUGAGAGUGUUAGAGCCGUCAUACCGGUAGCGGCUUCGUGCGCGUGCGAGGUGGUGAAAAGAGACUGCUAUCCGUCGGAUUCAUCGUCAUUGUGCGCGCCGCAACGGCCGGUGUUGAACUUCAGGUCUCGAGCGCAUCGCAUCGCAUUGCAACUUGUCGCAUUACGCUGUCCCAUUGCUUGCGCAUCACAGGUGUAGACAGCCGUCGGUACAACUCCCGAGGCACCGUUUUCUCGUCACCUCAUUUGUUUCGAGUGCACGCGCCUGUGUACCGAUAAGACAACGAUUUUGCUUCGAUAGGAGGCACGAAUCAGCGAACAUUGUCCAGAGAGCACUAUUUGAAGGAAGGGGACAGAAGAUCAAGAGGGGCGGAAAAGAGGAAGAAUAAGGAAGGUCAUAUCAACGAGGGGAUCGUGGUUGAGCCCCCACCUACCCUUGACUGGCCGAGAGGGAAGAAAACAGAAGGAAGACAGAGGAGCGCAAGAGGAAGGGCACGUCAGCAUUUAAAGAGAACGACUGUCAGGCAGUCAGACAUACAUAGCCUGUCUGUCUGCCUCCGCAAUAUAAAGCCGGUCGAGGUGCUGGCCACAGCAGCGCCUUCCAUCCCUCCAGAGCCAACUCUCUUGCAGCACGGGUGGGCACGACACCGUUUGCAUCAACCAUCAGCGCUUGCCCGUGCGUCCAUCACCGCUCGCUCCUCACACUGCCCAUCCACUCACCUUUCGAUACCUCGCACAUCCUCACCGCAGCCAUCUGUCGCCACUUGUGCCUGCGAACACUGCAAGCAUUUGAAGCACACAACCCUAUCGGACUUAGCCCUUAACCCCGCUCUCCCCGUUCUAUUGCACGCUUGUAACUUGACGGCUGUCGACCAAUUCCCCAAGUGUCUGUCGUCGACACCAACUGACAGCCGCCAACCCACCACCAUGCCUCCCACUCCCCCCUCGACCACCUCGUCCAACUCGGGUCAGUCGCCGCCAGACCCUCAGUUUAGGGUGGUGCGAAAGCGCAAUCGUGUCCCGUUGUCGUGCGGGCCCUGCAGGCACAGAAAGCUGAAAUGCAAUCGCGGUCAUCCUUGCGACAACUGUACCAAGCGCGGAGACACGCCAUCAUGUACGUACGCUACUCCAGGCAAUCGCAAGAAGAGCUCCUCGUCAUCCAGCUCUGCAACCACUCCAAAUGACAUGCAAAACCGCAUUGACCGCCUUGAAGGACUUGUUCUUUCAUUGAUGACCAAUGGCGCCCAGAGCGCAGGACCGGCUGCCGCUCAAGCCGCCAUCGCCCAUAGCAUGAGCGCUGGCUCGGAAGACAACCACUUCGAUAUGACCGGCCCAGAUUCAAUACCCGAGGAGGACGCUGGCGAUGAAAGCGAGGUGGAGCACGUCACAAAGUCAAUCGGCGUCAUGAAAGUGGACAACAACCGCGCUGUUUUUGCGUCGGAAGCGCAUUGGUAUGCGAUUCUUGGAGAGCUCUCCGAGGUCAAAAAUUACUUUUCCGAGCAUAAAAAGCAGUAUGACGAGCAGUUGAAGCGCUACAAAGCCGCUCAUCAGGAGGACCACAAUCUUGGCCUCUCCUUUCUCUUUGGCGGUCAAUCGCCCAUGACGCCCGCCGAACUUCUCUCCGCGUUGCCCCCCAAAGCGACCGCCGAUAUCCUCGUCUCCCGAUACUUCAACACGUACGAUCCUGGAAUUCAUAUCAUACAUGGACCUACGUUCCAGAAACAGUAUGACAAGCAUUGGCUGAAUCCUAACGACACACCCGUGAUCUGGUUGGGUUUGGUGUUUGCCAUGAUGUGCAUAGCUCUACAAUCCUAUACACGAGCUGGUGACGAACCUCCCGAAUAUCGAGGCAAAUCUUGGGAAAUGUCCAACGAAUAUCGCAAUUUGACUGCACAAUGUUUGGCGGCAGCGGAUAUCACAUCGCCCAUUACAAACAUGCUGGAGACCCUCAUCCUGCAUGUCUAUGCAGACUAUGCUAGGAGCAGAGACUCACAAGCCGGUAUCCUGAUCAGUACCGGUAUCAUAGUACGGUUGGCUAUGAGAAUGGGUCUCCAUCGUGACGCAGCCCCGUACGCGGGUAUCAGCGUCUUCCAGGCAGAAAUGCGGAGGCGAGUUUGGGCAGCAAUCCGGUCCAUGGAUCUGCUGUUCUCAGCGCAGGCUGGCAUGCCGCCUGUAGUGCGGCCGCGGGACACAAAUAGUGAGAUUCCUCGAAAUAUCUACGAUGAUGAACUGUUCGAAGAUAUGAAGGCACUGCCGCUAUCACGAUCGGAAGAGGAAGCGACUCCGACCUUGUUCUUGAUCAACAGAACGCGUCUGAUUUAUAAGCUUGGAGAAGCGGUGGAAUUAACAGAAUCCCUCACAUGCUCCUCAUAUGAAGAGAUCAUGAAUCUAGACUCCCAGACGCGAGAGCUGCAUGAUAGCAUAUCGCCACAUCUCAAAAUUCGUAGCAUGGACGAAUCGGCACGAGACCCUUCCACCCUCAUCAUGCAACGGUUUACGCUCGACUUGUUGUAUUUGAAGAUCAUUGCUACUUUGCAUCGAAAAUUCCUUGCUGUUUCGAGAGUCAAUCCUAGGUUCAUGUACUCUCGAAAGGCGGUUAUCGACGCGUCCAUGACUAUGCUUCAACACCAGGCGACACUGCAUCGUGAAUGUCAACCAGGUGGCAGAUUACGAAAUGUCAAGUGGUUCAUCUCAUCACUUACGACAGUCGAUUUCUUACUGGCUGCUAUGAUUGUGUGCUCGGACCUCUACCACACUGCACGCUCUGAGCGACAAGGCCGAUCGCCGUCUGGCGACUUCUGCUGGAAUGACGAGCGACGGGACGAAAUGCUAGAUGCCAUUGAAACGGCAGUGGGCAUUUGGGAUGGCUUGAAGGACGGCUCUAUGGAAGCAUACAAGGCUCACUCAACUCUCAACGUUAUGCUGAAUCAGCUCAAGGAACACCACGCAACGAGGCAACACCAGCGGAGUUUUCCGGCUGCAUCAUCUACCUUCCCAGCUCCUAGUCCUAUGGACGACUCUAAUGUUGCCCCUGAGCAUUCAGCGGCAAUGACGCUUGGGAUGCUCAGCAGUGGCGGCAUGACACCCAAUUCAGCCAACAUGUUCGACACCCGUUAUCCAGCAUCAAUAGCGAACCUAUUGAACGAUCCUGCACCGCAACAAGCAAGCAAUCUUAACCCACAGUUCAACGGAGCAACAGCCGGUGCCGAGAAUGCACCCAGUCUCUUUUCUAAUCUGUUCGCUAAUAGCGGCACUGGAUUCCAGAAUGAUCUCCCCCCUACAGAUAUCAUUGAUUGGAACGUAUGGGACUCCUACAUUCAAGGCCAGAACAAUCAAAUGGAUGCGGCUAAUAAUUUCUUCCCUAUGGACUUUGGCGCCAUGCCAAUGCAGACUGACGCCGCCACUGGCCUAACGGACAAUGCUCCAAGUGCCUCCCAACCUAGCAAUGCAAAUGCAUUCGCAGACAAUGGAGGAGUAUUCAUGGGCGGCCCAGAGGCAAAAACUACGUCUAAUGAGGGCUAUGCGUUGGGUUUCAUGUUACCCAAGACUGGUUGA